AUGUCAAUCAGCGACAACUCUACCCUCGGCGUGUCGCAUGAGCAAGAUGGAACGGGUGAUUACUUGCAUGGUUUUGGAGACCUAGCCAUUAGCGCAGAGGACAGGUCGUCCUACAACCCAUCUUUCAUCAAGCAAUCUGUACCCUUACCGGAGCUCGACCUAGCAACUGCGCAUACUCUAGUACAUUAUCUGUACACUGGUAAAUACCAGACUCUUGGCGUACAUGCUGGUUCGGACAAGAUCAUUCCCGAAAGCUACAAGCUUAGUGUAUGCGUGUAUUGCGCCGCCGUACGCUAUAGGCUACCAGGCCUCGCAGAGCUUGCACAGACCAAGAUCAAAUUGUUUGGAGAAGAUGUGACCAUCUUCGACAUGCUUGCAGUAGCAAGACAACAUGCCUUUCCAUUGCUGCCCGAAGACGAUGCAUGGUAUCCAGCAUAUAUUGAAGAUGCGCUCCGCAAUGCCGUAACGGAAGACCCUACCCCAUUUCGAAAACCAGACUUCAUCACGACAGUUGAGGGCAGCAGCAGACUGCUGCAGCUCGUCUGGAAAACCAUGAUGAGUAACUAUGUUCCAAAGCCGGCCACGCCGACAUCAACGCCGAUAGUCAGGGCUGACAGUGUCGUCGCUCACACAUUGGAGCCUGUGCCAGACAUUUCUGAGUCGCAUGGGAAUGUGGACCCUGGAAUUGCUAUCGAGAGUGAGGAUGCCAGCAACAGCAAACGAGAAGAUGUAGCAGAACCUCAGUCACUCGUUGAAGAGCCUACCAAGAAUGCACUCGUUGCGGAGAGUGUACUAGAUGUCUCUGGUGAAGUGGGAGCCACCGCGUCCAACCCACAAUUCCUUGCUACGCCUGAGUCGUUCACAGAUGGCUUGGGAUUGAUGACCAGCAUGAAGUGGGAGCAGAUGUACAAGAAAGCAGAGCAAGAAGCGCCAAUCAGCGCGUCUCCAAAGGAAGAGCCGAAGCUGACCGGUCUUGUUCGUACCGACUCUGUAACACAGUUUGAGCAGAUGGCGGGCGCAUCUGAUCCCAAGACUACAGCCGGAAACGAUGCGAAUGCCGAAACUGGGCAGGCAUCAGCUAGUACGAGUGAAGUGGUACCCGUCAAAAAAGGCAAGAAGACAAAAAAGAUGAAAAUCACAAAGAAACCGGCUGUUCAGGCUGAACCGGUGCUAGCAAGUGCGGCAUAGGCGGCUUUUCCGUGGUAGUAUACAUCGACUACUAGAAUAGUUCUUCUGUAGAUGGUGCGUAUAGGCUGUUCCACACACAUCAAUUUGCUCUCUAUUUCAGUA